AUGAAGCUCGCCAAGCGGAAGAUUCCCGCUGACAUCGAGGGAGAGGCGGUCUCUCUCUUGCCGGAAGACCCCGAGGACAUGUGGCAUAUAUACAAUCUCGUGCGUCCGGGCGACAUAGUCCAUGGACACACCAGUCGCAAGGUCGUCCGCGAGAAUGACGACACGGGGGCCACCAGCGCAGAGCGCGUCCACCUCGACCUCGCCAUCAAGGUCAAGGACACAUCCUUCGACCCCAUGACGUGCAUCCUCCGAGCGUCAGGUCUCGUCGUCACCGAGAAUGAGGCCGCGAGCUUGGGCGCCCAGCACGCCCUCGAGUUUGAGCCGAACCGGUCCUUCUCGCUCAUCAAGCCGGAGGGAUGGGACUCGGUCGCGCAGGAGAUGAUGCAGCAGGCGCUGUCCGACGACAAGAAUGGCGCGCUGGCCGCCGUGGUUAUGCACGAGGGCCUGGCCAACAUCUGCCUGAUCACAGACUACCGCACUGUGCACAAGGUCAGGGUCGAGCACGCGGUGCCCAAGAAACACGACGCCUCGUCACACCAGGACGCCGGCAUGCGCAAAUUCUAUGAGAAGACGCUGGGGUCUCUCUUGCGCGCCGCCGACUUCUCCAAGUCGAGACCGCUCCUCCUGGCAAGUCCCGGCUUCGUCGCCGCCGACUUCAAAAAGUACAUUGCCGACCAGGGCCGAGACAAGUCUGACAAGACCCUGACGGCCGUGGCCAAACUUGCCGAGGUGGUGCACGCACCGUCGGGGCACCUUCACAGCUUGAACGCGGUGCUCAAGGACCCCAAGGUGCUUGCCAAGAUGAAGGACGUCAAAUACGCAAAGGAGGCGUUGUUGCUGGACACAUUCUUCGACAAGCUCAAGCUCGAGGACGGGCGGGCCUGGUAUGGCACCACAGCUGUCGAAAAGGCAGUCCAGGAUGGUGCGGUCGGACAGGGCGGCGGCGUGCUGCUCAUCAACAACAUCCUAUUCCGACACGAGGACCUGGCGAUACGGAACCGUUACGUGGCCCUCGUCGACCAGGUCAAGGCCCUAGGGGGCGAGCACCGCAUCCUGAGUAGUGAUCACGGCAGCGGACAGCGCCUGCAAAUGCUCGGACACAUUGCUGCGAUCUUGACGUACCCAAUGCUGGACCUGGACGAGGACGAGGAUGAAGAAGAGGAGGCUACGCCGCAGAACCGAGAGCGGCAAGACGACGACCAAAUAGAUAUGAUGGACAGCGUGAUAUGA